CCGUGUAGUUCUCUUGCAGAUGUAGGGCAUGUCGGUUUGGUUUCAAUGACUAAGACAAAGCCCAGUUGCUUGGCUGAGUUACUCAAAAACCCAAAACAGCAUUCAGUAUCAUGGCACGCUUCUUCAUUCAAUCAGCUAGAAAAACCCUUUUAUCUUCCUCCACUGUUUCUAAAACCCUAAUUCAUGGACUCCAACGCCACCAUGGCACACCUUCCAUCCAAUCACGGAACGCCCCCUCAACAUUUCUCUUCCAAUCCCGAUACUAUGCAACUGACUUAAUUACCAAAUCGCCCUUCGAAGCUAACAUUCUCAGAAUCCUCCGUAACGAGAUUGACUACCAGUCCGAGUACGCCCCUCCUCAUCAGCCUGCUACGAAAUUCAACUCGUUUACUGUCGAAGACCGAGCAGGAGAGCAAUGGGUGAUUAUGAACAGAAAAUCUGGAGACAAUGAAGAUAUUAAAAUUGAAGUUACAAUGUUUGACGGCUUGGUCUCUGUUCCUAAAGUGGGAGACGAUAGCACUGGUGAAGAUGUGCGUCUUCACAUUAGUGUAAUUGUUGAUAUUUCCAAGGCUGAUGGCUCUGAUUUUCUGGAGUUCGUGUGCUCAGCGUGGCCAGACGCUUUAGAAAUUCAUAAAGUUUAUGUGCUUAGUCGUGAUAACAAGCUGGCCAGGCCUUACAUGGGACCUCAUUUCAGGAAUUUGAGCGGUGAGCUUAGGAAGACGUUACGCGAGUACUUAGAGGCAAGAGGGGUCCCACUUGGAAUUUUGAAUAACAAGGCACUACUAUUUUUUUUGGCUACAUUUGGGUGAAGAUCCAAGUGGUAGAUUAUAUGCAUGACCAGGCUCUCAUUGCACUAUGAUUGAAUCACUUUUUCCUACUCUUGAAAAAGUGAGUGUUUCUGUUCCAGAAACCAUGGGUGUUAGAUAUUUUCCCUGUUACCAUUUCGUGGCUGAAGUGAAUCAUAUUUAAAUGGGUUUGAGACACAAUAACUGUUUUGUGAUGGUGACACAGUGGACUGUACAUGUUAUCCUCUGUUUAUGAGCCCACACCACGGCCCGGUUCUAAUCUUUUAGGUGCUAUGUCAUGGGCAGUGGGUGUUAAGAUGUUAAAAGGGUUAACUUAUUCAUUACAAUUAAAUGGAAUCAUUCCUCGAGUAUGUGAACAAAUGCAAAUAUGAAUUUCUUGAGUUGUUUGCUCUAUGUUAUAUCCACUGUUUACACAUUCCUGCUCUUAAUAUUUCCUAUCGAUUCUGUUAUAAGUCUAUUUGAUACAAGUGAACAUUUCAUCUGGUAUGUGAGUUUGUUGAGUCAUCGGCUCUAGUGUGCUUCUACAGUAUCAUUCUUUCUUAUGUAUUUACUUCUGUUAGCACUGCAUAUCAAAUUUUGUAUAUCAAGUCUAAUAAGUACUUAUGACGUCAUGUAUUAGAUAAAGAGAAACACAUUAUACUUUCUAUAACUUGGCAUUAUUAUUCCUAUCCUUGCAAUACUGCAUUUGUUUGCUCGGGAUUCUUUUGCACAUAUUAAACUCCAUUAAUCUUUGUUAGAGUGAGCUCUGAUGCUUUCAUACUUAGUUUGUAAAUAGUAAUUAGAUUGUACUGAGUUUGUAUCUGGAGCGUAAAUAAUCUGUAAUACUUUACUAUUGAGAUCAUUCAAACGUCAUUACUUGAGCUUAUAUGUUGUUAAGACUAAAGUAGUUUUAAAUGAAGGUUAGACUAGGCUGAAAACUAGACGCUGCCUUCUGUAUAUUAGUUGAAAGCUUAUGUAUUAGUUGAGGUUAUAUCUUUUCAAUAGGACAUCAAGAGUGAGAUGAAUUGUGGAUUUGCUACACCAAUUCCUGUGUCAGCGUCAUUAAUUUUCUUUCUUGGGGUUGGGGGAAGAACUGUGGCUAAUGUUGGUCAUGGCCUCCUGUAUAGUGUUUCUUAGAUUAACAUUGUAAGUUGUUGUGAUAAUCAACAGUCUUAUAAAACAUAUAUCUCUUUGUAUUUUUUCUUUUGCCUGAAAGCCUUUUCAGGUUGUCAAAUAAUUGUUGCUAUAUAUUGUCUUUCAAGUCAAAGCCUCUGGCCUGGGAUUACUGGUGUUUGACGUAAUCUUGCCUAAGGUUGUCCUGUGAGGUCGUAAUAUCCACUGCAGAUACCUAUUUAGAGAAUAUAAGUUUUGAUUCAAGUUUGAUCUCAAACUUGUUUGGAUGGAAAAAUCAAGUAUUAAAUGAAGGUAAAACUGGGCUGCAAAUUGGACUCACCUUUAAAUACAUCAGCUAUCCCAGUGACUAUUUUUUCUCAAUGGAAGGUUUAGAGUGGGCUGAAUUGCGGAUUCAGCUGUACCAAUUCCUGUAUUAGAGUCAUCAAUUUUCUUUCCUAGGGGGAGGGGCUAAUCUCGGUCAUGAACCCUUGUAUAGUGAUUAUUUUGAUCUAGGACUGGAAAACUAAGUAACAAGUGGAGGAACUUCAAAUUUACUUUUAGUUUUUACUAGUAAGAUGCUAUUAAAAGAAAUAUUUAAGUCUAGACAGAACAUAUGGCAAUACUAUGGUGGUGCCUGGUAAGAUUGUCAGGCUUGAAGUACAUAUGUUGUAUCAUUUCAGGCAAAUCGGCUGAGGUAGGUGGUGCCAUUUCCAUUUCCAUGUUCAAAAUUGAUUGUACCAAUCCCCAGUAUUAGAUCUUUCUGUUGACGAAAAGAUUGCCAAAUUUUAUGUGAUGGAGACUUGUUUGGCUGAUGAUGAGUUGGGACCCGACUUCAACAAAUCAUUCUUUAGUUAAUAUUAGUAAAAGGCCUAUGCUCUUUUGGUUUAUAACGCUGAUGUUUGUACUUUAUGAUAUAAUGAAAACAAAUUGUUGAUAAAUCUCUAUAUAUAUUGCUUUCUUUAGCUAAAUCUAUUAUAACUUAGAGACAGAGUUGGCGUAGUAAUAGAUUUUUAACUAUUAUAAUCACUGUUUUGUUCUUUAAUAUCAUGUUUAAUCAUCAUCAUAUAUUUUUCUUUCUUUUCCUUCUUAACCCUGUACUUAUAAACUAAACUCUCUGAUGUUCCCAAAGGACUUAACGUCUUUGUCAAAAGAAAUAAUGAUAAUAACAGUAGAGAGAAAGAG